UUUACCUUGAGAGCCUAGGAGAAGAGUGAAUAGUCAGAGUGACUGAAGCUGGAUAGAGAACAGCAGAGACACUGUCCGGGCCCCACUAUGUCCAGCCUGGAGCCAUUUCUGAAGAGGUCCCUGGUGAUCCUCCUUUUCCUGGGCCUGACGGAGGCCUGUGUUCCUCGUCAAGUUGCAAUGGAAGAAAAAAUCAAAUUGCUGAAAGGAAUUGUGGGGUUGAUGAGCAGACUGUCCCCGGAUGGUUUCAGACAAAACAUUAUAUCCUCCUCCAAGACAUCUCCCCUGGUAACCACUCCAGACAGGACAGAAGAAGAAAUGAAAAUAUUGAAACAGAUCCUUGGUCUGCUGAGCCUCCAAGUGCUGAAUGAAGAAACAAGCAACUGCAAAGAAGAAGUGAAGUCUUCUCCAGCCACCACCACGGCCAAGGCGCUUGUGAGGAGCAGUGGAUGGAGCUUUUGGAGGUGUGCCUAUAUGAUGGUGACCUUCCUCUUCGUGUCCUACAAUAAGGGAGAUUGGUGUUACUGCCACUAUUGUAACCCAGACCUGGAUUUGAGGGUCUCCAGACAGGCGACAACGAGGGCUGAAAGGCCCUUCCUUCAUGUUCUGGGCGUGGCCACCCACAGUCCCUUUCCAGUCGCGGAGGCUGGAGGUGAAAGCUCGCGAUUGCGCGCGGCGCGAGGCGCGUGGAAGCCCACUGUCCAGGUGUCCGCGCGCGCUGUGCAGAUUAGUGAGGACUGUGGCCUGCGCUGUCUCCGCGCUUUCACCCCUCGGCGCGCCAGGGGCGCGGCUCCGCGCUCCUGGGGAAGCCCGGGGGCGGAGCCUCACUGGCCUACAAGUUGCUCUCGGGGCGGAGGCGAGCUGCCCGGAGGGGACCCCCGCGGGUCCGGAAGGCGAGUGCGCAGGCGCGGGGCCUCAGUUGCUGUCAGGCUCUGA